UCGCAAUUUGUGCAGCCCACAGAGGAAGUAGAUUACAAUGGCGGACGAGCGGAGCAAGACGCUCGUCAUCGUCACGGGUGCGUCCCGCGGCCUCGGCAAAGCCAUUGUCGUGGAAAUGGCCAAGGCGCUGAGCAACUCUGCGGCGCACAAGAGGACCCACUUUCUGCUCAUCGGACGGGUGAGUCAGCCAACAACAGACAGAUCGGGCACCGGCUGAAUGCAGCCACAAGGAAUGUGCAUCAUCUCUGUGUGUGUGUGUGUGUUUGUGUGUGUGGUUUGUCCGUGUCUGCAGGACACAGAUGGGAUGGAGCAGAAAGGCAGGAGGCGCAGGACGGCAUUGCAGAAGACGCACAACUGACGGUGGCCAUCCACAGGUAACAGACAGACAGAUAGAUAGACACACCAGGCCCCCUACUCACUCUCUUUCUCUCUCUCUGUGUGUGUGUGCAGGUGUGACUUGGCUGGCCCGUUGGAGGACGUCGGCAGUGCUUUCGACGCGAUUCUCUCAUCUGAAUGGACAGGCUCAGGCCCCUUCCACCAAGUGUAAGGCAUGCAGACUGACUCUCCCUCUAACCAACCGCACCGAAGAAACCUCACUGUCCACUGUUGUCCUCUCGCCAUGCAGUUACUUCAUCCACAACUCGGCCAACACCGGCCCUCUCGACAUCAUCCGUGACAUCUCUCCCGCCGAGAUCCGCACCAACCUGCUCUUCAACAUCGGCUCGCCCUUCCUCCUCACCGGCAGGCUGCUGCGGUUCGUCGCACCAAAUGACGGCGCCGCCCCGCCACGCGCCAAGAGGCUGCGGAUCGUCAACAUCAGCUCUCUGGGAGCCAAGGUGGCCUUUCCUGCGUCGGGUCUGUACUGCAUGGGCAAGGCGGCGAGGGACAUGCUGAUGCUGCAGGUAGCCGCUGAGGAGAAGGGCACCACGGAAUACGAUAUCAAGACACUCAGCUAUGCGCCAGGUGGGCGCGUGAAUGCUUGUGCAGAUGGGGGACAGACAGAUGUACACCAUUGUGUGGUGUGUGUGGUGUGAUUGGUGUGUGCAGGUCCGAUGCGGACGGCGAUGACUGAGCCUAUGUUUGAGGGCAGGUGUGCUUCAGAGUCGGUCAUUCAGUCCUUCAGGGACAUGGAGAAGAACAAUACGCUCGUCGACCCAUGUAGGUGCGCCCCCCUCCCCUAACACACACCCAAUCUCACUCGGUGUGUGUGUGUGUAGAUGAGACUUCCCGCAAGAUGGUGAGGCUGCUGCUGGACGACAAGUACGAGUCGGGCGCCCACAUCGACGUCUUCGACAUCGAAGACGAGCCGUCUAAUGAAGCUUUUGCACUGCAGGCUGAGGUGAUGGCGGUGAGGGAGGAGAAUCGGAGGCUCCGGACCGUCAACCCCAAGGUCGAGGUGGACCGCCGCGCCGUUCUGCCGUCUGCGGAUUCUCCACCUGACGGUCGUCGUGGAGUGGUACACAGCCGAUCGCUUGCUAGCCCCACAGCUGCCUCAUUAGCCGGCUUGCUCGUCCGCGGUGUGUCACAGGAGGCUGCUGCUGCUCUGCCUCACCCCCAUGGACAGCCACAGGCCCCACAGCAUCAGCAGCCACAGCCACAGCCACAGUGAGAGAGAGAGAGAGAGAGAGAGAGGCGCGACUUUUUCCGGUUUUCAAUGGCCCCUUCCAUAUUUGCGUGCGCUUUCGGAUGGACGAGAGUUUGAUUCUCCAGAAGCUCAUUUGCCUGCUGUCUAGGUUUCUUGCGGCUUGUGCUGAGGCAAGUCGUUUGGUUCCUGUGCAGUGGGGUGGUCGAGUGGCUGCUGGAGGAGGGAACUCUCCAUCCGUCAUCGAAUGUAUGUAGCAUGGCCUCGACGUCUGUCUGUUUGUUGACGUGCAUGGGUGUGCAUUCCCCGCGGCUCACGGCUUGCCUGUCAAUCUCGUAUUCGCAGAUGCGACAUGCGAAGGACGAUAGGCUUGCUGUGAUAAACGUCAGAGCACCCCACGGACAGAGAGCGAUGACGACAGGCAGUCUGUUUUGCGUGGAACGGCCUGCAAAGCUUUUCCGGCCCCUCCUCACUGGCAGAUGAGUGCAUACGCAUG